AUGAGUGAAAUAUUCGUUUCUGGUGCCAAUGGUUACAUUGCCCAACAUAUUAUUAAGAUCUGUGUUGAAAAAGGUUAUAAAGUUGUUGGAACUGUCAGAUCAGCUUCCAAAGGUGAUCAACUUGUCAAAGACUUUGGUGACAACUUCUCCUAUGAAAUCGUUGAAAACAUCGGUGAACCUAAUGCUUUUGAUGAGGCUUUGAAAAAACAUUCUAAUGUCUCAGUAUUCUUACAUACUGCUUCACCUGUUAGACUUGAAGUUGAAGAUGCUAUCAAAGAUAUUGUUGAACCGGCCGUUGCCGGUACCAUCAACGCUUUAAACGCCAUCAAAGAUUACGGUGUUAACGUUAACAAAGUUGUUAUCACCUCAUCAUCAGCUGCCGUUAUCGAUGCUUAUAAUAUGACUAAUCCAGACGGUGCCCUUAUCACUGAAGAAUCUUGGAAUCCUAUUCGUGAUGAAGAUGCUAAAGUAAAUCCCAUGUAUGCCUAUUUUGUUUCCAAACGUAAUGCUGAAAAAGCUGCUUGGGAAUUUGUUAAAACUCAAGAUGUUAAAUUUACUUUAAACACUGUCUGUCCAACUUUGAUUUUUGGUCCUCAAGCAUUCGAUGCCAAUGUUAGACAAAACUUGAACAGUUCAGUAAAAUUUUUAACCAAUCUUGUUGACCAAGGUCCUGAUGCUGAAAUUUUUGCAUUCGAUGGUACCUAUGUUGACGUAAGAGAUGUUGCUAAAGUCCAUGUUCAUGCUUUUGAAAGUGAUGUUACUAACUUCAGAUAUCUCCCAAUGACUGAAAAUUACUCUUUCCAAACUUGUGCUGAUAUUAUCAAUGAAAAGAUUCCUUCCUUAAAAGGAAAAGCUGCCAUCGGUAAACCAGGUUCAGGAUUGGAUGUUGCUAACAGGGUUUACCCUUGGGAUAAUUCAAAGACUAUGGCCUACGUGGAAAAUCCCAUUUCUUUAGAACAGUCUGUCCUCGACACCAUCAACCAAUACAUCGAGAACAAGUAG